UUAAAUCCGGCGAGGUGACCGUCCGGGCAGCCAAAGGACGAUGCAGCUGGACUUCGCAGGUUCUCCACGGCCGGUCCUGUCCCGCGUGGGCGAAGCGGGCGCCGCGGGUGGACCUCCCUCCGCGGGACCCCCAGCCUACGGCCCGGAAUCCUGCGUGGGCGCCCGCUUGCCGUCCUCCGAGGGUACCAAACCCCCCUACAGCUACAUCGCGCUUAUUGCCAUGGCCAUCCAGAGCAGCCCCGACCAGCGGCUCCCCUUGAGCGGCAUCUACCGUUUCAUCACCUCCCGCUUCGGCUACUACCGAGACAACAAGCAGGGCUGGCAGAACUCCAUCCGCCACAAUCUCUCGCUUAACGACUGCUUCGUCAAAGUGUCCCGGGACGACAAGAAACCCGGCAAAGGGAAUUUUUGGAUGCUGGACCCUGAGUGCCACAACAUGUUCCAGAAUGGCUCCUUCCUCCGGCGCCGGCAGCGUUUCACCCGCAAGAGAGGCCCCUCCAGGGCCACAGGGGACGGCCAAGGGCCCAAGAAGGGGACCCGUGGUGGCAGGAGCCAGCCGACUGGCCAGAAGUUGCCAGGAAAGGGGGUCAAGAAAGAAGACAGCCCGCGGAUAGCGGAUGCCUCCGGGCAGGGCCAGAGUUCCAGCCGUGCCGUGCCAGGGGCUCAGGGGCUCUUGCCCCCAAAUCCAUUUAUGGCUGGGCAGGAGGGUGAGGAUCCAACCCUGCCUUGCCCGGAGCCCCUCAGCCCCCGGGGCCAGCCCUGUGCCAAGAUCAACCCCACGGGAGCUAAGAUGCCGUGUUUUCAUCUGCACGGGGCCCCGGGCCCCAAAGCUGGGCUCUACAGCCAACCAUCGGGAUUCUGUCCUCCGGGAAAUAAUUACCAGGUGAAAGGGGCCCUUCUGGAUGACCUCGAGGUUGCCCCACUGGUCCCUCUUGUGGAGAGGCUGCCCUCCCGAUCCAGCCCAGAGAUAAAUGGAAGCCUGCAGAACGGCACUCGUCCUUCCCAGGGCCUCCCGAAACCUGGGCAAGGUGGCAAGGGGGUACCCGAAGUGUUUGGCCAGCUGGCACCCAACUUCCCAGCUCCUCUGGGGCCCGGCAAAGCAUCCCAGCCCACCCACAGGCAGCAUCCAUCGCCCACCAUCGACGGCAACCAAGGUUAUCCCAAAGCUUCAAUCCUGCCCGUCUUCGGCUACUCCAAUCCCGAAUCUCGAGGUGGAGGCUACCAGUGCCGCCUGCAGGCCUUGAAUUUCUGCGUCAACGAAGCCGGGCGGCCCCCCACUUUGGAACACCUCCUGACCUCACCCCCCGCUGCCAAUUCUGCGGCUCCCAUCCAGCCCCCGUCCUUCGGGCAGCUGCCAGGGGAGCAGGAAGCCUGGCCCGGGAGCCCCUUUUCCCUGCAAGGGGGCAACAGUUAUCAGCUGGGGCUGCCCCACUGCCUCUACAGGACUCCGGGUAUGUUCCUUUUUGAGUGAUGGGGAGGAACUAGGGGUCCUCCUGCUGUCCCCAUGAAGGCCCUGGAGAUUAGGAGCUGGAUGCUGGCAGAACUAAUGUGUGUGUGGGGGGGGCUGUGUGAGAGUGAAAUCUUCCCUCCACAGCUCUGCAAUUAUAUCCCAUCGGAUUGAUCAGUCCACAGUUUUCAGUUUAUCGGAAUAAAAGACCCACCCUUCUGUGCAGAAUCCGUGGCUCCGUGGACCUCAGCAGGAGCGAAACCCGAGGCGAAAGGCAGAAACACAGAGGGACCAAAUCCUGCCCUGCCUUGGAUUCCGGCUUUAAAAACCCAGCAUUGCAACCUCUUGCAAU